CACUUAACGGGGUUACCUUCCCUUGUCAGCAUUUUGCAGAGGGACACAGUGGUUAGCCUCCUCUUGACCCAAGGUUUUUUCUUUCUUUCUAUUGGCUCUUGUUUUAUAAACGCAGCCAUUUUUUCGGGCACCAGACUGGGAUUUUCCCUCAUAUUAUGCACAACAAUGGAUACAAGUGGCUCAGUGGUUAGCACAGGAGCUGAGGAGCAGUCCUUUCAUGUCCGCUACAGGAUGGAGGUGUCCUGCCUGGAACUGGCGUUGGAGGGUGAGCGGCUCUGUAAGGUGGGCGACUACAGGGCAGGGGUCUCCUUCUUUGAGGCUGCCAUCCAGGUGGGCACGGAGGACCUGCAGGUGCUCAGUGCCAUCUACAGCCAGCUUGGGAAUGCCUACUUCCAUUUGCACGACUACGCCAAGGCCCUGGAGUUCCACCGGCACGACCUCACACUCACCAGGACAAUUAAUGACCUGCCUGGAGAGGCCAAAGCAAGUGGAAACCUUGGCAACACGUUGAAGGUGCUGGGGCGGUUUGACGAGGCUGUGGUUUGCUGUCAGAGACACUUGGACAUAGCAAGAGACAUCAAUGACAAGGUGGGUCAGGCGCGAGCUCUUUAUAACUUUGGAAACGUGUACCAUGCUAAAGGAAAAAGUAUUUGUUGGAGUGGAGCCGAGCCCGGAGAUUUCCCAGAGGAGGUCAUGACAGCACUGAGGAAGGCGGCAGAUUACUACGAGGCAAACUUGGCGAUAGUAAAGGAGCUCGGGGAUAGAGCUGCACAGGGUCGAACAUAUGGCAACCUCGGCAACACACACUACUUGUUGGGGAACUUUGGUAAAGCUGUAGCUUCUCACGAUCAGCGCUUGCUCAUAGCUAAGGAGUUUGGCGACCGCUCGGCAGAGAGACGGGCUUACUGCAACCUAGGGAACGCCUACAUCUUUUUGGGGGAUUUUGAAGUGGCAGCUGAGCAUUAUAAGAGGACUCUGCAGCUGGCGAGGCAGCUAAAGGACCGAGCUGUGGAGGCUCAGGCCUGCUACAGUCUAGGUAACACCUACACACUGCUCCAGGAUUAUGAACGAGCCAUAGACUACCACCUGAAACACCUCAUCAUAGCUCAGGACCUCAAUGACAGGAUCGGAGAGGGCCGUGCAUGUUGGAGUCUUGGAAACGCUCACACUGCGCUGGGGAACCACGACCAGGCCAUGCACUUUGCUGAGAAACACCUGGACAUCUGUAAAGAGACUGGAGACAGGAGCGGGGAGCUGACAGCUCGUAUGAAUGUAUCUGAUCUCCAGACGGUUCUGGGUCUGAGUUAUAGCACAAAUAACUCCACAAUGUCAGAGAAUAAGGACAUAGACUACAACCUGCAUGGAGCAAGGCCCAGGAUGAGCCGAAGACACAGCAUGGAGAACCUUGAGCUGAUGAAACUCACUCCAGACAAGAUAAAUGGUCAGAAGUGGAACAGUGACAUCCUGACCAAACAAUCCAAACCCUCCCUGGCUAAGGCCUCCUCCAAGCUGUUCUUCGUCAACCGUCUGCGUGGGAAGAAGUACAAGACUGGUGGCUCCAAUAAAGUCCUCCAGGACACCAGCAACACCCUGGACACGAGCCAGAGUCUCGCACAGGGACCACAGAAGCGACUCAGUCCCGACACACUUGGUGACGAGGGAUUCUUUGAUCUGUUGAGCCGUUUCCAGAGCAACCGCAUGGAUGACCAACGCUGUUCAAUACAGGAUAAGGGCAGCAGGUUGUCAUUGAAUAGUGGUCCAGAGUCGCCUUCCACAGCUAUCAGGAAAUCUAAAUCUGAGUCUGGGAACGUCUCGGGAAUCCCAGGCCGGCGGUUAGAGGAGUCAUCGGCAGCAGGAGGAAGCCUGCCCGGCCUCAGACUGCAUCAAAACAGCCACCAGGCGGUGCUUAGUCACCUGAUGGCCAAUGCAGACAACACUGAGCCUGACGACAACUUCUUCGAUAUGCUUGUCAAAUGCCAGGGCUCCCGUUUGGACGACCAGCGCUGUGCCCCUCCUCCUCCUCCAGUCCGAGGGCCCACUGUCCCAGACGAGGACUUCUUCAGCCUUAUCAUGCGCUCUCAGGCCAAACGGAUGGAUGAACAGCGUGUGACUCUGCCUUCAGCAUCAAAUGCUACAGCCAGGCCCGACUCCAACUAAACUCAGCACUAGAGAGACACAGGUUGUUUUUUUAUGAACACAUUACGGUGUGGAAAACUUUGAUGGCCAGUGGAUGGUCACUCAGAGUAGUGUGUCUCUUGACCUUUGUCCUUCUGGACAGAACAAAGCACUGUCAGCAUUAUGUGUAGUCAACAGUAUGGAAAAAAUCUCAAACCGUACAAGGAUUUGUUUUGCAAAGCUUGCACAACACCAACGAACUCUCAGUAAUUUCAGGGACAAAACUGUUUUUUUUAGUCUUGUGUCAUAAAUCUGUUCUAAUUCAAAUGCAUUUCACCUGUCGUGUAUUUUUCAAUACACAAUGCAUUUAUGAUUUUAUUUAUUGUACUUUUAAUGAUUGUUUUAAAUUUUGUUAACUGCCGUCCCACAACAAAAUGUAGUUGUACCACUGUGGUGUCUAAAUCAGUGUGGACACACAGGUAUAGCACUCUUUCCAUGUGUUUGUGAGGGGUUUGUUUUUUUGUCACCAUGGCCAGGAAAGGGAAGAGGUAUUUUAAUAAGCAAAUAAGUUUGAUAAAAGAAUGAAUUCAACCCAUGUACAGACCAGAUGAUAUUUUGUACAACAUUCUUCAAUGAGGAAUAAAGCCUCAUUUGUAAAAGAAUCUUGUUUGACUAUUUAAAAGUGUUUUUUAACCCAAAACAAUCAAGAUACAGUUUGUGUAAAAGACACUUUAUUGAAUGUACCAGCAGUCAGACUAGAGUUAGCUUGAAUCAGUUUAAGUCACUUUUUAAAAACAAGAAAUAGAAAGGCUAAAUACAAGAGCCACUAGCAUUUAAAACAUACUAAUAAUAACUGUACAUAACAUAACUGAAAUAAAUACAUCUAUGUA